ACGUCCCACUUCCCACAAAUAGCGCAUGAUAUAUAGGGUGGAGGGAGAGGCGUAUUGUCAGAGUUUUUGUUCCUGUUCACCUGAGAGGGUUCUUCUGUCAGGAGUGAAAGAGCGUGGAGAGGAUGUUUGGAGUGGUGGUGACAGCGUGGUUUUUGGCCUUGCCUGUUUACUGUGCUGGUAAACCUGGAGACAGCGAUCAGGGCUGCAAAUCCGCCUCACAACGAAGCUUUAUUGGCAUACAAACCAACAACAGCAACUGUGAUUCUGAUUUUAAAGUUGACGCAUUUGCUGCAUCAGUACUGACCAGUGGAUUAACUACAGUCUUCUUGCCCUUGGUUUACAUUAUUGUGUUCAUCAUUGGCUUGCCUGUGAAUGCCAUGGCACUGUGGGUUUUUAUCUUUCGAACCAAAAUGAAACACCCUGCUGCGAUAUACAUGGCUAAUCUAGCUUUGGCAGAUCUCCUGUUUGUUAUUUGGUUGCCUUUGAAAAUUUCUUACCACCUAAAUGGCAACAAUUGGACAUAUGGAGAAGGACUUUGCAAGGUGUUAGUGGUUUUCUUCUAUGGAAACAUGUACUGUUCAAUUCUGUUCAUGACCUGCCUCAGUGUUCAAAGAUAUUGGGUUGUUGUAAAUCCACUAUCUCAAACGAGGAGAAGGACAUGUGUUGCUUAUGGUGUAUCUAUUUUUAUUUGGAUUAUUAUUAUAUUGGGCACAAUGCCAUUGUAUUUAAAUAUUCAGCAAACUGUCAAAGUUUUCAAUCUUGAUAUAACAACCUGUCAUGAUGUACUACCAGAAGAACAAUUGGCUUCGAGCAUGUUUGACUAUUUUCUAUCUCUGGCUAUUGGCGUAUACUUCUUCCCAGCAUUGCUGACAGUAACUGCAUAUGUAUUGAUGAUCAAAACGUUGAAAGCCUCCAAUAAUGAAGAUAGCAUCGGGAAAAGCCGCAAGAGAGCAAUCGAGUUGAUUAUUACUGUUCUUGCCAUGUAUUUAGUUUGCUUCACUCCAACCAACAUCAUACUUGUUGUUCACUACUCUCUUGUAAAACAUGGGAACAGCAAUGUUUAUGCUUUCUAUAUUGUAAGUCUUUGCCUGUCUAGUAUAAAUAGUUGCGUUGAUCCCUUCGUCUAUUACUUUGUUUCCAAAGACUUCAGAGAUCACGUUAAGAAUACACUGCGGUGUCGUAGUGUGAGGACAGUUAGAAGCAUCCAGGCUUCCUUUGCAUCUAAGAAACAAUCAAAAAGAUCUAGUUCUUAUACAUCUGUUGGUAAAACUACCACUACCACUACAACUAACUGUUGAAUGUUAGUGAAUCCAUAGGUUUUGUUUUUUGAUUGCAGGUGCGAUGUAAACAAUUUCUCAACUGAGUUAAUAACAAAUCCAUCAUCUAUUAGGACAUUUUUUUGGAAGGUCUUAACUAAGGUUACAUUAUCAAUUUAACAAAAUCCAUUGUUUUGCUUUGUAGAAAAAGCUGAAACUGAAUUAUCUUUUUGAGUAAAUUUGGCCACUUUAUCCUAGUAUUGUUGGUCAUAUAUCUUGCUGUAUUUCUUCCUGUCCAAGAGCACUGUUUGCACAAUAACUGCUGAACUAAACAUUUUGUUACUGACUUGUACAAAGGGAACCAAAGCAAUAAUUCUACUAAUUGUAUUUUGUGUAGUGUAAAUAUCGAGUGGUUCUAAAAAUUUGAUUUCAAGUUAAUCCUUUUUUGAAAAAAUUCUUGGACAAGAACUCUUUGGAUUUUUCAUCGUUUUAAAACUUGUACAUAACUGCCAUAGAUAUUUUAUACUGUGACUAUUUUAAGUUUGAAUGCAUUAUUAAGUUGAUAUGUGACCCCUUUAAUUGAGGGGACAAAACAGCCCUGGAAAUAGAGGAAAGGGCAUACAAGAUGUUUAAUAGUUAUUGUUUGUAAAAAUAUCAAAAUUUCAGUAAAAUGUUGCAACUGCUCAGGUAUUUUCAAUGCUGUGAAUGAUGCAUUUGUAUUGAAUAAAUAUUUUUAGAAAACUUGAA